UAUCUUCACAAGGAGAGAUGAAGAAGAAAUCUAUAUAUAAUCAGAAUGUGAGUGAUCAGGAGUGUGAAGAUAUGGAAGGUGAAGAAAACAGAAAUAAUGCUGGUACCUCUGGUCUAUUGUACAAUGAAGUGGACAGAUGUCCAAUAUGUCUUAGUUGCCUGUUAGGAAAGGAAGUUGGUUUUCCAGAAAGUUGUAAUCAUGUCUUCUGUCUGACCUGUAUUCUUAAGUGGGCAGAGAUAUUGGCUUCUUGUCCAAUUGACCGGAAACCUUUUCAGGCUGUGUUUGAACUCAGUGUAUUUGAAGAUUGUGAUAAGAUUCAAGUAAAAAGACAGUUGAGAGAAAUAAAAGACAAAGAAAAUGAAAGGUUUUUAAAGAAACAACUCUCUUAUCAUGAAAGUUCCAAAAGCGAUAAAAGAAAAGGAAACAGCAUCCGAGAAGAUCUGUUGUGUGAAAGAUUUUAUGACAUGAAGGUUUUGCAUAGAAACUGUUCAAACAAUAAAAUGGUUGAAAAGAAAAUUACUACAGUAAAGACAAAUAAGGUUCGAAGAUCAAAUCAGUGUACAGAUCCUUGUAUUGGGAAUUCUGUGUUCAGUUUGUUUUCAUGUGGCAGCUACAGUGCAGGAUCUCGAACCUAUAGAGCUUCCUGUACAGAAUCUGUAGAUGUCAGUGAAAUCAGUUCAUUGAUUAGGCAAAAACGACAGGAAUUGGAGUUGUCAUGGUUUCCAAAUACAUUACCUGGAAUUGGAAGAGUUGGUUUUGUACCAUGGAGUGUUGAGACAGAAGUCAUUCCUUUGAUUACCUCUGUGUUGCCAAGGACUAUUUUCUCAGCAAGUACCACGUCAUUAGACAAUUUUGGUACUUAUCAUAAGGGAUAUGCAUUAGCACAUACCCAAGGAGGAGGAGAAAAAAAGCAAACUUCUGGCACAUCAAAUACCAGAGGAUCUAGACGAAAACCUGCAACAACUGUUCCUACAAGGAGGUCCACACGAAACACAAGAGCUGAGACAGUCAGUCAGCCCCAGAAGUCCCCAGUGUCAAAUAAUUCUGAGUGUGAUGCUCCAGGCAAUAGUAACUCCUCUGUAAGUAUUUCCCCUCCAGCUGAAUCAGAAAAGCAAACAAGACAGGCUCCAAAACGGAAGGCUGUAAGGAGAGGAAGAAAACCACCUUCAUUGAAAAAGAAACUUAGGAAAUCGGUACCACCCCCUGAAAAAACAGUAUCUAGUGAUUCAGUAGAGGAAGAAAUGGCAGACUCUGACACACCACCCAUGUUGGAAAAAGAACAACUGUCAGGUAUAGAAAGCAGUAGCAUUUCUUCUGUUCAAACAGAUGGAGAAAACCAUUUGGUUAAUUGCUUGAAAAGUUGCAGUGAACCAUCAGAAGAAAAUGAACAAACCAAGAAGCAUGCAAUAGAUGAAGAAGUAGAAUUUUUAUAUUCUGAACCUUGCACUCAGGAUCCUCCUAUGUUUGUUGGAGAGGAUACCAGUAUAGAGACCAAGGAGUUAGGUGUGGACCAUGGAAUUUCUACAGAUCCUUCUGUAAAGGGAAGUGACCCAUUGGGAAAUGAAGACCAGGCAUCUGGAAGUGCAAAGAUAGGGGUACAGGCACUUGUGUGUGCCGAGUGUCCCCCUGAUGAUUUUCUUCCAUGUCCAACUUCUGACAUUGAAGGACCUCAGCCAGUAUCCAGUCCCCUGGGUGAAGGAUCUGAAAAUACAGGGUCAAUGGUCAAUGAUGAAACAAUAGAGGAGGGUCUCACAGUAGAAAGUACUGAUGGGAAAGAUUCUUCAGUAAACAUAGAAGCAUUUGUAGAGAGCCCCAAAUUGGAAUCUUGUGAGGGUGAAAUCACACACACACUGGACAGAGACUGUGUUGCCAGCUCAGACACUGAAAUGCCUGAGCAUGUUCAAACUGAAAAUACAGAAACAAUUUCAACACAUGACACUUCAGACAAUGAAAGUUCAGGUGCUAUUCAAGAUUGUGAAGAUAAUUUAUUAAAGCAUAAUCUUGACAACACCCAACUGGACGAAUCUUCAGAAGAAAAGACAGAGUCUCCGAUUGAGCAUUCCUUAUCUAAAGAGUUAGCUGGCACACAGACCGAACAGAGUGAGAAACACUUUAGUGAAGAUAACAAUGAAACAGUACCUAUGGAGUGUGACUCAUUUUGUAGUGACCAGAAUGAAUCUGAAAUGGAAUCAUCUGUAAACACUGAUUCUAAACAGUCGAGUGAAAAUCCUGUGACACACAGUUCUGAAAACAAGCUCUCUUCUGAUCAUCCUACAGUUGAGAAGUUUGAAACUGUAGCUCAACCAGCUGAAAGCUUAGUGGACAAAGCCCCAAAGCCUCGUACUCGAAGAUCUAGAUUUCAUUCUCCAUCUACAACUUGGUCUCCUAAUAAAGACACUGCACAAGAUAAGAGGCGGGCUCAGUCUCCAUCUCCUAAGAGAGAGAUUGCAAUAGAAAGCAAAAAUUCUCAGUCACCAUCUCCCAAGAGAGAGUCUUUCAGAGGACGGAGAAAAUCUCGUUCUCUCUCACCAAAAAAAGAUGUGACCAGAGAAAGGAGGCCGUCUCGGUCUCCAAAGAGAGAGAACACUAGGGAAGCCAAAAGAUCUGAGUCCAUAUCCCCCAGAAGAGAUGCUCCUAGAGAGAACCAGAGAUCUCAAUCCAGAGUGAAAGAUUCUUCCUCAAGAGAACAGUCUAGGUCCCGGAGCAGAGAAAAAGAUAGUGAGAGAGAUGGACAGAGGAGAGACCGAGACAGAGAGAGGAGAUCCAGAAGGUGGUCAAGGUCCAGGUCUCGCUCUCGAUCACCAUCAAGAUUGAGAACAAAAAGUAAGAGUUCAUCAUUUGGUAGAAAUGAAAGAGAUAGUUACUCUCCUCGGUGGAAGGAAAGGUGGACAAAUGAUGGUUGGAGGUGUCCUCGAGGAAAUGAUCGGUACCGAAGAAAUGAUUCAGAGAAACAAAAUGAAAAUACAAGAAAAGAAAAAAAUGACAUUAUCGCAGACACUAAUGAUCCAAAUUCCACAGAAAAGCAUAGAAAUGACUGUCCCACUUGGGUAACGGAAAAAAUAAACUCUGGACCAGAUCCAAGGACCAGAAAUCCUGAAAAGUUAAAAGAUUCCUACUGGGAAGAAAAUAGAAAUGAAAAUUCAGGGAAUUCUUGGAAUAAAAACUUUGGCUCAGGCUGGAUCUCCAACCGUGGGCGAGGUGGCCGAGGGAAAGGUACUUACAGAGGUAAUUUUACCUACACUGACCAGAGUGAGAACAGGUGGCAAAGCCGUACACCCCUUUCUGGGAGUGAAUCCUUCAAGUCUGUGGAGCAGCAGCCCUCCAAGCGGAAAAGUGAACAAGACCUCUCUUUUGGCACGCCUGCAGACAGGUCAGGAUGGACAUCUGCCUCCAGUUGGGCGGUAAGAAAGACUCUGCCAGCAGAUGUACAGAACUAUUACUCUCGGCGUGGUCGGAACUCUUCAGGUCCACAGUCUGGGUGGAUGAGACAAGAGGAGGAAGCACCUGAGCAGGACUGUAACUUAAAAGACCAAACAAACCAAAUUGAUGGUUCUCAGCUACCUGUAAAUAUGAUGCAGCAACACAUGAACGUACUUCAACCCCCAAUGAACCCGCAGCAUCAGCCUAUGAGUGUCUUCCCGUACCCAGUGGGUGUUCAUGCCCCUUUGAUGAAUAUGCAGCGUAACCCAUUCACCAUGCACCCUCAGCUGCCUAUGCAUCUCCACACAGGGGUGCCUCUCAUGCAAGUAGCUGCCCCUGCCAGUGUACCUCAGGGACCGCCACCACCACCCCCUCCCCCACCAUCCCAGCAGGUCAGCUACGUCUCUUCACAACCAGAUGGGAAACAAGUGCAGGGCCUUCCCAGUGCUUGUCAUGUAAGUAAUAACAUGACUACACAAGUCUUACCUGCUGCAGCAGCAGCCCCAGGAAACACAGGAUCAGUUCAGGGACCAACUUCUGGUAAUACUUCAUCAUCAAGUCACGUCCAAGCCUCUAAUGCUGCUGUAAAAUUGGCAGAAAGCAAAGUAAGUGUUCCAGUGGAAGCCAGCGCAGAUAGCUCGAAGACAGACAAGAAAUUGCAAAUUCAAGAAAAAGCAGCACAGGAAGUAAAAUUGGCUAUUAAGCCGUUUUACCAAAAUAAAGACAUCACCAAGGAAGAGUACAAAGAGAUCGUACGGAAAGCAGUGGACAAAGUUUGUCAUAGUAAGAGUGGAGAAGUCAAUUCUACUAAAGUGGCAAAUCUGGUUAAAGCCUAUGUAGACAAGUACAAAUAUUCUCGGAAGGGGAGCCAGAAGAAAGCUUUGGAAGAACCUGUGUCCACCGAAAAAAACAUAGGCUGACAGGCAUGGGCAGCGCUGUUCAGGACACUAUCAAGAUGUCUGCAAAGUGCAAUUCAACAUGUACCCUUACUGAAAAAUCAGACACAACUGUGAUCGAAAUCUGGUUUUGAUAAAAUUAUUUUUUUUUAUUGUAGGAUAUAAUGUUUUGUUCUACAUAUAGCUGUGCACUGCAACUUCUAUAUCUAAUCCCCACCCCCAAUAAAACAAAUUCAAGGGAAAAUCAAGGGUGUAAUGGAAUGCGUGUUUUUAAUCAGGAAUGUGUUCUGAUGUGGAUACUGGAAGAUGGACAGCUUCUUAAGUGGGAAAGUGCUGGUGUGGGAAGACAUCUCUAUCUAUAUGUAUAAUACAUUUAUUCUGUCAGGCUGAAGAGUAAAGUAUGGCCUUUAUGAUCUUCUAACUAACUGUAUAAAUUUAAACAUCUAUUGCCACUAAUAUUUCAGAUAUUAAUAGAACAAAUCAAUUACAGGUCCCUGAUAAGUACAUAUCUGAGUAAUUGCUUAGAAAGAAAGCAGAUCACCAUGAGUAAGACUUAGCUUCACAUUUGUAGGUGCUCUUCGCCUACUGUCAGCAGAUCAAGGGCACACUGUAUGUGUUGACACUGUGAGUUGUGCUUUUGUGCUCCUCUCUCCCCACCUAGAAAAAAGCAAUAGCAGUUUCAUUUGCUAGAUUAUAACUCUGCCAGAUCAAAACUUUGUUGAGUUUAGACGAGCAAUUGGGGAGAAAGCUAGCUUUUUAAAAAUUAUGUUCUUUCGUUAUACCUUCUGUCUCUCAGUGAUGGCAAAUUAUUCGUGCCAACUGGAAAAUUGCUACUAGGUAGCGACCUUUUUUGGGGACUAAGAAUACAUGACCUACUCUAUUGGCUUCAGGUUGUUGGUGAACUGUACAAUUGUGAUGAAGUUCUUCUCACGCUGCACAAAUUCUCUAGUGCCUACAAUGAAGGGAGUGCUAAUUUAAGUCAGCGAUUGGUAGUUAUGCUGCAGAAUUCUGGGUCUUUUAACUGGUGUCUGACAGAAGGUGAGAGAAAUUAAGUAAUGAUGUUAUCUCUUAGGUUAUCAGGGACUAGAGUUUCUUUUUCAGCAUUAAAAUAUGUUAACGUUUAUGAAAGGUGAGUUGAGAGAGCCCUGGCAACUGUUCUUUUCAUUGGCAUCCAGAAAAAUAAAUUCUGUGAUAACUUUGAUUCUAGAUACAGUUUUCAGGAUAUUAAAUAGUUGAACAGAUGUUCAGUGGUGAUGGAUCAUGUGGAGCACACACUCUGUGAGGACUCUCACUCCUUUACUCACAGGAGGUGCUCUGUGAGGUGAGUUUUGAUAGGCAGAAUAAUUCAGAGAUUUCAACUCCACAGUGAUUGCACUAGUCAGUAAUAAGUUUUGUUAGGUUAUGAUUACAGUCCUAAAAUAUUUCCGUACAAUUUUUUUAUCUUUAUUUCUGUGUUUCUGGGCCUUUAUGAUACAAUAUUUUACGGGCAUUUUUAAUUAGCUUGUGUUUAGAUUUUGAUGGCAGUAGUUUGGAGAUAGUUUCAAGUACCAGUGGCACACCUUCAUUUCAGUUCAGCGUCCCACGGACAGUGGUGUGAGAUUGUGGUCCUCCACUGACAUUUUGUUAGACUGCUGUUUCUGUGCUAACUAAUGAUGCAUCAUGCUCUCUCUCUGCAUUGUUUUCACUGACACCUGGGAAGUAAAUGGCGUUUUAAAGUUGGUUUUAUAUAACUUACCUUUAAAGUUUAAAAGAAGAAAGUAGGUGAUAGCGUGAAGUGUUUCGGUUUUAUGUCUUUGGGAGAACUCCACUAUUCUUGAAAUUAACAGGUCUGUGUUCCAUAUCUGGCAGGGCACUGGUAAGAGCAGUUCAGAAUAGUUAGUGAUUGUUAACUAUCCUAAUGUAUUCUAACUGAAUUAAAAUAUGAACUUUUAAAUAAUGAGUUAGAAUAUGCAUGCUUUGUGUUUCUCUUAACACAAUCUCUUUAGCAUUGCUUUUACAUCCCUGGCUUUUUUUUUUUUUUUCCCCCCCCACAUUGAUUUUGCAUGUGUAUGAACUUACUAGUUUGGGAAGUUUCAGGGUUCUCUUGCUCAUGACUCAGUAUUGACUUGACUUUGGAACCUUGGGUCCUUUAACUUGCUAGUCACAUUGAUCCAUGUUUCUGGCUGUAGAAAUGCCCAGUAGUAGUUACUCAUUAUUUUAACAUUCCAGAAGUUUUGUAUCUGUUUGUGCUGUUCUGGUAACAACCACCACAUCAUCUCCAUUAUCUUCCUUUAAAUGACCAUAAGUGUGCACUGCUGACUGUUCCGCGCAAUGAAGUGUGGCCCCAGAAGCAUAGACUUUGCAGUAUGAGUUGCAGUGCUGUGUGCUGAAACAGCUUUUGAAAGCCAGAUUGUGCUCUGUAAUAUACCCUAAUAAAUUCUUUUGCUAAACAAAGUAGUGUCUUUAAAAUUUUAUUAAGUUUUCUGAGAAAAUGAUGACUUUUAUAUCAUUUAAACCAUUUCCAAAUGUGUUUGGAUUUCUUGGAUUUUUACCAAAGUAAUGAGCAUCAUGAUUACAUUAAUAUCCAGGCAAUAAAAAAAGGUCAGAGUUAGCUAUAAGCAUAUAUUUUCAUAGUAGUUUUCUUAAUUAUAUAAUCACUUUUAGGAAAUUUAAAACAUUUAAUAAUUUCUAAUGAUAGAAGAGACUGGGAAACAAAAGGAAAAAUAUCUGUAAUUUUACCAAAGUUAACGUCUUUCAAGGCUGGCUACAAUGGACAUUGCUAUGUUAUAACCUAUUUUCAAUUCAUGUAUUGAGAAUAUUCCAUUUUAAUAAAAAUUAAUUUGACAGCA